GACCAAGAGGAAGCACGUUUGGUGAUGACACAAUCUUGUUGCUGUAGUCAUUCAUCGAAGGGAAACUCCCACAGGAAAAGGCAUAAAGCUGUUCGGGGAAGGCUAAGGAGCUGCUCAGUGCUGCUCAAACACUGGGGCAGAGUCACAACAGAGCUAAACAUGAGCACCAGCCAAGGCCCUUUGCAGUUCCUUCCUGGGUCUCUCAGGGGUAGCUCCGGGUGUGGGUUGGCCCUGCCAGGACCUUCCUACAGACCUCCAGGUGCAGACGAUGGUGCCAGCAACGCUCAUCCCUUCUCCCCUGCCAGACCUCUCUGGCUGCCUGCUGGAGGAGGGGCAGCCUGGGCAGGCUUCAGCGAGCACCAUGGGGAGAGCAUCUUUCUGGGUGGGAAUGAGAAGCAGACCAUGCAGAACCUGAAUGACCGCUUGGCUGCCUACCUGGACAAGGUCCGUGCCCUGGAAGCAGCCAACGCUCAGCUGGAGAGCUGCAUCCUGGAGUGGCACAAGACAAAGUCCCAUGGCAAGAGGCAGGACUUGAGCCAGUACGAGCAGCACGUCACUGACAUGCAGAGACAGAUCGAGGAUGGCAAAAUCACCAACGCCAGCAUCCUGCUGCAGAUCGACAAUGCCAGCAUGGCCUCGGAGGACUUCAGGCUCAAGUACCUGGCAGAGAGGGCUCGCAGGCAGGGGGUGCAGCUGGACGUGGAGAACCUGCGGAAGGAGCUGGACAGCCUGACCAUAGUGACCACAGACCUGGAGAUGGAAAUUGAGGGCCUGAGAGAAGAGCACAUCCUGAGGAGGAAGGACCACGAGGAGGACAUGGAAGCCAGUCGCUCGCCACAGGACCUCAGGGUGGAUGUCAAAGUGAAAGCUUCACCCCCAGAGGACUUGGCCAAGAUCCUGGCUGCAAUAAGGGAAGAUUACGAAGCCAUCAUCGAGAAGAACCAGCAGAGCCUGGACACUUGGUACAGGGAGCAGAGCUCAGCCACGACCCUGGCAGCCAGCCCUGACCCGGAGCAGAUGCAGCACAACGAGAAUGAGAUCAAGGACCUGAAGCGCACCCUGCAGUCCCUGGACAUCGAGCUGCAGGCACAGAUGAGUAAGAAGCAGAUGCUGGAGGACAGCCUGGCUGCCACACGCAGCUCCUACGCUGCUGCGCUGCAGGACAUGCAGCAAAUCAUCUCCAAGUGUGAGGAGGAGCUGGGGCAGCUGCACCACGACAUCAAGCAGCAGAACAAUCAGUACAAGGUUCUGCUGGGCAUCAAAACCAGGCUGGAGAAGGAGAUUUCCACCUACUGCCUGCUGCUGGAAGGGAAGGCUGAGGGGAUAGCAGGAAAAUCUGAAUCAAAAGCUAAAGAGCCUGCUGGGCUGGCCAGCAGGAAGAUCAAAGCCAUUGUCCAUGACAGUGUGGAUGGGCAGGUGGUGGCCUCCACCAUCAACGAGAUCCACCAGCAGGCCUGA